AUGAUGAGUCCCUGGCGCAAACAAUCACGUUGCAGACGCGCCAAAUGCGGAGAUGGUUCAAAGCUUUUCCCCGAGGUACUCCUCGUGGAUGCGACGCACAACACAAACGACUCGAGGUACAAGCUCUUCUCGUUUAUGGUACAUGACGUAUACGGACAUUGCUUGGCGGAUGCCAUCGAGGCGUUCAAGCUCUCGAAUCCGUCUUGGGAGCAGAUACGCGUGAUUGUAAUCGACAGAGAUAUGGGCGAGCUGAGUCUGUUGGAGACGCAUUUUCCGCAUGUCAAAGUUAUCCUCCGCCACUUCCAUCUUAAGAAGUACAUUCGCUCUGAAAUGAAAAAGAGCAAGUACGGUGGACCGAGCAGCUUCGACAUGGACCAAGUUGAAGACGCUGUGGACAUGUUGAGAAUGGCUCCAACGAUCGAAGAUUACACAAAGUACCUUAAGUAUCUGUAUUUCCUAUUGGACACCACACAUUUAGAUUCAAACGACAAGAUUCCAGAGCUUAAGCAUCCAUUCCUCCAGUACUUCAUGAAAAAUUGGGACCAGCAGAAGGAGCGUUGGGCUCUAUAUGCUCGUUCAGACGUGCCACACUUGGGCAAUCAUACUAACAGUUGCUUCCAGGGACCAAAUUAA